GGCACUGUCUAGGGGAUGGGCCUCAGCUCCCUGAGCUCGAGAGAGCUUGGCUGGGCCCCUGGCACUCCUACCUCCUCAAAGCCAUGAGGCAGGAGUGUUCUCCUUAUGUGACUAGGCACAGGUUCCAAGUGGGGAGGGGACUGGCUCAGCAUCCGGAGCCAAAAUAGGAAUAGAACUGGGAGCUGAGCCUGGAGCAGUUCUGGGCUUUUGGUUCUCUGCAUCAACACAGCCAGCAUGCCUAUGAUUUCUGUGCUGGGCAAAAUGUUUCUGUGGCAGCGUGAAGGGCCUGGAGGACGAUGGACUUGUCAGACGAGUCGCAGAGUGGCCUCGGACCCCGCGUGGGCUGUGGAGUGGAUCGAACUUCCUCGGGGCCUCUCUCUAUCUUCCUUGGGAUCUGCUCGGACCCUCCGAGGCUGGAGCCGGUCCUCUCGCCCUUCCUCCGUGGACAGCCAGGACUUGCCAGAGGUGAAUGUUGGAGACACAGUCGCGAUGCUGCCCAAGUCCCGGAGAGCCCUAACUAUCCAGGAGAUCGCUGCGCUGGCCAGAUCCUCCCUGCAUGGUAUUUCCCAGGUGGUGAAGGACCACGUGACCAAGCCCACCGCCAUGGCCCAGGGCCGAGUGGCUCACCUCAUUGAGUGGAAGGGCUGGAGCAAGCCCAGUGACUCGCCUGCUGCCCUGGAGUCUGCCUUUUCCUCCUAUUCGGACCUCAGCGAGGGUGAACAAGAGGCUCGCUUUGCAGCAGGAGUGGCUGAGCAAUUUGCCAUUGCAGAAGCCAAGCUCCGGGCAUGGUCUUCGGUGGAUGGUGAGGACUCCACGGAUGAAUCCUAUGAUGAGGACUUUGCUGGGGGAACUGACUCAGACAUGGCUGGGCAGCUGCCCCUGGGGCCCCACCUCCAGGACCUCUUCACCGGCCACCGAUUCUCCCGGCCACUGCGCCAGGGCUCGGUGGAGCCUGAGAGCGACUGCUCACAGACCGUGUCCCCAGAGACCCUGUGCUCUAGUCUGUGCAGCCUGGAGGAUGGGUUGCUGGGCUCCCCGGCCCGCCUGGCUUCCCAGCUGCUGGGCGACGAGCUGCUCCUCGCCCAACUGCCCCCCAGCCGGGAAAGUGCCUUCCGCAGCCUGGGCCCAUUGGAGGCCCAGGACUCGCUCUACAACUCGCCCCUCACGGAGUCCUGCCUUUCCCCCGCCGAGGAGGAGCCAGCCCCCUGCAAGGACUGCCCGUCGCUCUGCCUGCCACCAGUGGGCAGCUGGGAACAGCAGCGGCAAGCCUCUGACGUAGCUUCUUCUGGGGUGGUGUCCUUAGACGAGGAUGAGGCAGAGCCAGAGGAACAGUGACCCAAAUCAUGCCUGGUGGUGGCAUGUGUCCCCUCGCUGCUGCUGGGGGCAGGGCCUCCGUGCCCAAGUGUGAGCACGAGGCUUCCAGCAGAGCUCCAAAGCCUAGAGGGCUCCUGGGAGCACUCACUCCUCCGUUGUGUGUUUUGCAUGAAAGUGUUUGGAGAGGAGGCAGGGGCCAGGCUGGGGGCGCAUGUCCUGCCCCCACUCCUGGGGUUUGCCGGGGGUUGCCCGGGGCCUCUGGGGCAUGGCUGCAGCUGUGGCAGACAGUGAUGUUCAUGUUCUUAAAUCAAAAAUGCCACAUGCACAUUUCCUCCUCGGAUGACAUGAACCCCUACGGGGGUGGUUGUGACUGGGCUGUAUGGGACAGAGUAGGAGGGAACCCCCCACCCCCCAACGCCUCUCUCUUCUCUGCUGCUCUCCUCACUCCCGAGUCCAUGUGCAGUGCGUGAUAGAAUCACUCCUACCCAGGGCCGGGGGGCUGGCUCUUACCCUCCUGGAGCCUACGGAUUGAACCAUCCCCCAAGGGCCCCUCACCCAGCUGGGCUCGUGCUGUGCUUCACCUCUCCAUCGUCUCUAAAUCUUCUUCUUUUUCCUAAAGAAAGAGGGGUUUUGGUCUGUUCUUUCAGUCGGAUCUUCUCUGGGAGGCAUUAGAAUGAUGAAAGCACGUACCCUCCACCUGUUUCCUGGCCCCCAUGACGGGGUCUGGGCCCUUCCCAGGUCCUUGUAGGAUGUGUGGGCAGGGUCCUCGUGGCUCACAGCCCGCCAGACUGCUCCAUUCACCCCGAGUUCUCUUUAGGGUGGAGUUGGAAGAAGGGAUGGCUCUGGUUGCUACCCAGCUGUGACUUUGAUGUUCUUCUAGAGAGGGCCACAAGGGGGCCACACGCGUGGCCGGGCAGUUGUCUGCUGAUGCCUGAGUGGGGCAGGAACUGUGCCAAGGAGUGAAAGACAUGAGGGAGUGUCUCUCCUUGGGGAGGAAAGAGGGUAGUGCCUUUCUUGGCUGAACGAAAGGCCAAAGCUACUGUACUGGGGGCCUCUGCCCCAGCCAGGGUGUGGAUGACCAAGCAGUGGAGGCCUCUGCAGAGCCUGCAUUCCAUGGAUAGCAGGCUCUGGAGUUUAUGGCCGCGAGGGGUGUGGGUGGCUGCAGCAUUUGGAACCUUGUAGGCUUUGGCAGGUAAGAGAGCCCAAGGUAAGAACGAGCUGAUGGGCACAGGCAUUCUAUAUAUAAGUGGCUCAUUAGGUGUUUAUUUUGUUCUAUUUAAGAAUUUGUUUUAUUAAAUUAAUAUAAAAAUCUUUGUAAAUCUCUA